AUGUCAUAUCCACCGCAACCUCCUCAACAGCAAUUCUAUGCGCCUCCACCAGCACCACCAUCGCAAGAUUAUGGCUACCAACAGCCUUAUGGAGGUCAACAGCCUUAUGGAGGUCAACAGCCUUAUGGAGGUCAACAGCCUUACGGUGGACAGCCCCAACAAGGCGGUUAUUAUCCUCCGCAACAACCCAAUGGCUACUCUUACCAACCUCAACCGCCACCACAGGCAGUUGUUGCUCAACAACCACAACAGCAAAGUGGCGGUGGCAAUUGCUGUUGCGCAUGUUUAUCGAGUUUGCUCUGCUGCUGCUUGAUGGAGGAUCUCAUGAACUAA